CAUUCCACAUGUAACGUAUUCAUAUAUCCAAAAUACGUAGAAACAGUAAGCCAAACAAACCAUAUUAACCACCAUUCUCUCUCUCUCUCUCUCUCUCUCUCUCUCUCUCUCUCCCUCUUUGGGUAUGAUUUUGUGGGUUCACACGCAUACUUAAGCGUUCCCCAAAUUCGUAGCUGCGAGCCCAAUUCCAAUAUCGCAAUUUCAAAAUCGAAUUGGGCAUUGGGGUUUGAGACCUCAGUCUCAAUUCUAAAAGAUCAUGGAGGGAAAGAAAAUCAUAGCAAUUUGUCAGUCAGGGGGGGAAUUCUUGACUGAGAAAGAUGGUACAUUGUCAUAUAGGGGCAGUGACGCUCAUGCAAUUGACAUUGAUGACCAGAUGACAUUUAACGAGUUUAAAACAGAGGUGACUGAAAUGUUUAGUUGCAGCAAUGACAAUAUGUCCAUCAAAUACUUCCUCCCUGGCAACAAGAAGACCCUGAUUACUGUUUCCAAUGACAAGGAUCUCAAGCGCAUGAUCAAAUUCCACAGUGAUUUUGCAACCGUUGAUAUUUAUGUCAUAGAAGAAAUAGUUGCUCCUGACGUCUCCAACAUGCCUGCCAGUAGGUCGAGCAGAACAACUCUAUCAGAAACUGUGGUUCCAGUUGAUGCAUCUCUCGAUGUUGUGGACUUUGUGGGCGACACCACCCAGCCUGAUAUCCCACUUGAUGCCUCUCUUGAUAUUGUAGAUGAUGCCAGCCCUAUUGAUGCACAUAUUGAUAUACCCAAUGAAAUAUCACCCAUUUUCCCUCUUCUUGGCCCCAACGAUGAGAAGCAUGCUAAAGGUGCACAGCAAUGGCAGAAUGCUAUUACGGGUGUGGGCCAAAGAUUCAGCAGUGUUCAUGAAUUUCGUGAAUCGUUGCGUAAAUAUGCCAUUGCACAUCAGUUUGCCUUUAGGUAUAAGAAGAAUGAUAGUCAUCGCGUGACUGUCAAGUGCAAGGCUGAAGGCUGCCCUUGGAGAAUUCAUGCAUCAAGGCUAUCAACCACUCAGUUAAUAUGUAUCAAGAAGAUGAAUCCAACACAUACAUGCGAAGGGGCUGUUGCAACUACGGGGCAUCAGGCAACAAGGAGUUGGGUGGCUAGUAUAAUUAAGGAGAAGUUAAAAUUCUUACCCAAUUAUAAGCCCAAGGAUAUUGUGAACGACAUCAAGCAGGAAUAUGGAAUACAGCUAAACUACUUUCAGGCCUGGCGUGGGAAAGAAAUAGCGAAGGAGCAGCUUCAAGGUUCAUACAAAGAGGCAUAUAACCAGUUACCGUUCUUCUGUGACAAGAUAAUGGAGACAAACCCGGGUAGUCUUGCUACUUUUACGACUAAGGAAGACUCCAGUUUCCAUCGCCUAUUUGUCUCAUUCCAUGCCUCAUUGUACGGUUUCCAGCAAGGUUGCAGGCCUCUCCUUUUCCUUGAUAGCAUACCCUUGAAAUCAAAAUAUCAAGGCACAUUGUUGGCGGCAACAGCUGCAGAUGGGAAUGAUGGGGUUUUCCCUGUUGCUUUCACUGUGGUUGAUGCAGAAACUGAUGAUAACUGGCAUUGGUUUUUACUACAACUAAAAUCUGCAUUCUCAAUAACUUGCCCUAUAACAUUUGUGGCAGACAGGCAGAAGGGAUUAAAAGAAUCAAUUGUUGAUAUAUUCAAAGACUCAUACCAUGGCUAUUGCCUGCGAUACUUAACCGAGCAACUUAUCAGAGACUUGAAAGGGCAGUUUUCUCAUGAGGUGAAGCGACUCAUGGUUGAGGAUCUUUAUGCUGCUGCUUAUGCACCUAGGCCUGAAAACUUCCAAAGUUGUCUUGAAAGCAUUAAAAGUAUCUCACUGGAGGCUUACAAUUGGAUUGUACAAAGUGAGCCCCAGAACUGGGCAAAUUCAUUCUUUCAAGGUGCUAGAUAUAACCAUAUGACAUCCAACUUUGGAGAGCUGUUCUAUAGUUGGGCAUCAGAUGCACAUGAGUUACCAAUAACACAGAUGGUUGAUGUGAUCAGGGGUAAGAUUAUGGAAUUGAUCUACACAAGAAGGGCAGAAUCUAAUCAAUGGUUGACAAGGCUGACUCCAUCCAUGGAGGAAAAGCUAGAUAAGGAAACCCAGAAGGUCCGAAACCUCCAAGUGCUACUUUUGGUUGGUAACACUUUUGAGGUUCGUGGUGACUCCACUGAAGUUGUUGAUGUUGAUCGCUGGGACUGUAGUUGUAGAGGGUGGCAGAUAACUGGUUUACCAUGCUGCCAUGCAAUUGCUGUCAUUGGUUGUAUGGGCCGGAGCCCGUAUGAUUAUUGUUCAAGAUACUUUACCACCGAGAGCUACAGACUGACAUACUCAGAGUCAAUACAUCCUGUUCCGAAUGUAGACAUGCCUGUGGUGAAGGCUUCUUCUCAGCUAGCAGUGACAGUAACCCCUCCUCCCACCCGCCGGCCACCUGGCCGGCCUACUACAAAGAAAUAUGGACCACAAGAGAUGUCUAAGCGUCAACUCCAGUGCAGCAGAUGCAAGGGUCUUGGGCACAACAAGUCCACUUGCAAAGAGUUAUUGUAGAGUAUUAGACGUUGUUUGCAUCAGAAGACAAAGGCAAGGGCAUCACAAUCUGUACUAGACUAGUGGAACCUCAGAGACAGAAUGGGACCUGUUUCUUAGUUUAAAAUAACCAAGCCAUGGAACCUGACGUAUGUAGUUGUAAUUAUCAUUCCCUUUUGGUAGUUGUAUUGCUAACUUGGAUAUUUGCUAGUUUGACUUAGUGUAACGAGUGUGAUGACUAUAACAUUGUUAGUAGGAGGAGCAUGUUCUUAGAGUUACUUGAAGGUCCAUGGAAGUUGGAAUGGCAUGAAUAGAUGCCAAAAUGUCCUUUCUCUUGUAAAUUAUCCUUUUGGUCAGUUGACGAAUGAUAAAAGCAGCUGACUUGAACUUGUAUUUAUUGAAUACAAGUUCUCCAUGUGUAACA